AAUAUCGAUGAUAGUGCCACCACAGUGCACAACAGUUUGCGAAAAUUUCGUGUAAAAAUUUACUAUUGAUUUGACAAAUUUGUGCUGUUGAAAUUAAGACCAAUUAGGAAAUUGAGGAAAUUACGUUGCCUAUGCCGUGCGGCAUGCAUUAAAUGUGUAAAUAAAAUUCUCUGGCUGAAGCUAAAGCAAAACGUUGCUGCUGCUGCUGCUGUUGGAAUUUGCUGUUCGAAUUGUCUUUCAAUUUGGAGCCCCGUUUUUCCACCUACGCUGACGCGACGUUAAACGAAGCCGAAGCGCAAAGUGGGGGGAGGCAUAGCACAGCUGAGUUAGCAGUAAAGCCAAUAUAUAAACAAAUAAAACUGUUGCCUGGCCUGGGGCGUGGCUAGCUUGAUACCAAAUAGUAAUAAGACCCUCAACAAGUUGUUUGACGAUGGAGGAGGUAACGCUCACAGAGCCAGAGACACGUUUCUAUAGUGAGCUGUUUCAGUGCUGCGACGUGGAGAGCAGCAGUAAGGUGCCCAUGCUAAAGGCAACCGAACUUUUUCGCUCUGCAGACAUUGCCAACGAGACAGUCAUUGAGAUCACCGCUUUAGCUGGCAUCCCUUCCACAGCUUUGCACAUCUCUCGUGCUCAGUUCUAUUCAUGCCUUAAGCUAAUUGCCGCCCAUCAAGCGUCUGUGCCAUUGCGUCAGGAGCUCAUAGCAGCAACUGUGCCAUUGCCCUUGCCGCAUUUUAGCUGGAAGGAAGCGGCUACUACUUCAACGAUUGCCUGUGAGAAUGGCUUAGGUGCCUUGCCACCGCCUCCAACAAACGAUCGUCGUAAUUCGCUGCGCCGCAAUUCCCAGCAGCAACAACAUCAACAGCAGUUGGAGCAGCUACAGGAUACCUCGGAUGUGCCAAGUACCGAUUCUGAAGUAGAGCAAAACGAAUCUAGCUGCGGUGGCGACUUUGAUGAGCUGGCUAAUGCAGAGGCUGUUGGUGUCGUCAGCAGCAGCAGUCGCGAAACACGUCGACGUGGCUCACCGGAAGCGUGGAGCACAAACAGCGAUAGUCCGACGCCGACAAAUAGCGUCGCCGAGCGUCCUUGGGCGCAGGAUACGCUGUGGCAAGGGCUGCUAGGAGAUGAGCACCGUCAACUGCUGGGCACCGAGGAGGAGUCUUCCGAUCGCCACAGCAGCGAUGAUGAGGACAACGAAAGUGAAUUGAUUACUCUCUAUCAGAUUACUCCGGAACAACGCGAAUAUUACAAUAAACAAUUUCGAGCAGUGCAACGGGAUCCGCAUGGCCUGCUUUCCGGACAGGCAGCGCGCAAUUUCUUUGAAAAGAGUCGCAUACCCGUUGAGGAGCUGCGUCACAUUUGGCAGCUGUGCGAUGUGACACGUGACGGAGCUCUCAGUCUAUCCGAAUUUACGGCUGCCAUGCAUCUCGUUGUCUUGCGUCGCAACAAUAUACCAUUGCCCAGCAGUUUGCCCCAUUGCUUGCAUCCGAAUGUGCUGGCCAAAUCGACAACGACAAACGCUUCGGCAUCAUCAACUAUACCUCAAGAGCCGCCCGAGGCUGAUCUCCUGCAUUUGAAUGAUGACGAUGACGAUGAGCACACAGACAAUACAAUCAUUAGCAGCACACAACCGCAGCAACCCAAGCCACGCCUCAACGACAAGAACAUUAUGAAUCUGAGCAGCAUUUCUACUUCCUCUCAAGCUAGCAACAGCAGCUCCAGGCGAGAGGUGACGACGCCUGUGCUUAAGCACCGCAGCAUUUCCAAUUCACCAAAUGCGGAAAAGUCGAUAACAGCUGCAGCAGCAAUAACAACUGGAGCGGGCGCUGCUGCCAGCUCAACGAACGAUGCCAGCCAAUGGACGAAGUUUAGUGAAUCUCCCACGACGACAGCUACAGCCAUAGCAAGCGGAGCAAGUGCAACGUCUGUAGCUUCAGCUUCUGCUGCUGGUGUGCCUGCUCCUGCCGUUUCUAGUCCCGGUUUGAAACCAGCUUUGUUUGAUAUGAAACGCACUGCCCAGGAUGUGGGCUCCAAUCCGCAAAUCUUGCAUCCCGUGCCACUGCGUGUGACGCCCAUAGGCACGGCUAUUGCGUCUUCAGGCGAUCCAUCAAGUCAACAGGGAAUUGCCGAUGUGGAAGGCGUUGUUGUGCUGCGCGAGGACAGCCCCAAAGCCAUAGCCACCACAACAGCAAUACCAACAGCAACAGCAGCAAUGUCAUCAUCAACAACAUCAGCUACAAACAGCAUACACAACAUUCAGAGGGAAAGCAACGAUCUGCGGGCCAUUCAAAGACCGCAAGCAAAGAAGCUGCCAGCAAAGAAUAAUAUUGGGGCAUUGCCACCGCCGCCGCAAAGGGAGCCAAGCAUUGGCUCCAUUGGUCUCAGUGAGCCACCGGAUCAGGCGACGCCAUUGCCGCCGUCAAGCUAUGCAACGAGCGUCACAACAUCUGCCAAGAAGGAGCCACCGCCUUUGCCGCCGCCGCGUCCUCAUCGACAUGCACGCAGUAGCAGCUUAGACUUGAAUAAGUUCAAAAUUGGUGCAGCUGGUGCCCAACAGCCAGAGAUAACCGCGCAAGCCAGCUUCGAUAUGCAAACCUCAACGGGUUUUGCCGAUUUCACGCACUUUGCCGACGAUGCGAAUGUUCUGGAUGCCAGCAACAACAACAACAGCAGUAGCAGCAGCAACAACAACAGUACAACAGCAACAGUUGCUGGUGCUGCUGAGCAGCAGUUGCAUUCGCUGCCACCUGCACCGCCACCGCCCGCAUUUGUGCCGCCCAUAUCUGCGCGCAUUACGUUGCAGACGCAGCAGCGCGUUUCAGCUUUUGAAGUUUAUCGCAAGCCACAGACGCCGGCGCCGGUAGCUGCCGCUGCACCAACAGCAGCAACAGUUGCUGGGCAGCUACCAAGCGCGGACAGCUUUGAGAAGCGUGUUACAGCAAUCACCGAUUCAUUGCGUCAUGUGUCCUUCAAGCAGAAUCAAAUGAGCACCACGGAGCUGCUGCAGCGUCUACGUGAGCAGAACACUUCGCUGCUGCAUCUGUGCAACGACUUAAGUGACGAACUGCUCAGCGUGCAGACCCGCAAGGAGGAGAUGCGUCUAAAGCUGGAGAGCCUGACAGGAGCAGGAGGAGCAGCAGUGGCUGUAGCUGGAGCAACUGUAUCGGAUAUGGAUGUCAGCACACGUGCCGGCUCCUCAAUAUCAGCGCCAAUGACAGCGAAUGUGACGGGCGGCUCGUCCGGCUCCACGGGUGCCUAUACGAAUGUUUAAUUAAAAAACGGAAAACCAAGCAGCCACUUUUAUUGUUGUUUCUAUUUGUUGCAAAUAGUAGAGGAAGAAGAAGAGAAGGUAAACAUAUUGUGAAUUCCGCUGCUUAAGUUUUUAUUGUUUUGCUAUUUAAUUGUAGGCUAGUUAAAUCUCAAAAAUCAUGCAAACAUCUUUGUCAAGCAACAAUAACAAUAAUAACGCCUCUUAUAGAAUACAUACAUAUACAUAUUUAUGCAGAUACAAUUUAUGUAUACUUCUCUUUAGCACACAGAAAGCUAAUUGAACUAAUUGUUAAAAACUAAAUGUGUAAAUGUAAAUGAAAAGGAAAUCGAAGAA